AUGAAAAUUUCAAUCAUUUUGUUAUUAGUUGUUUUGACUGUUUUUGCCUAUAUUGCAUCUGCUGGCGACGUUACACCAGCAUACUUCGAAACCACCGAUGUUCAUCAUCAAACUGGAUUUAUCAUCAAAUUAAUUGAUGAAGAAAACAUUAAACAUGCCAGAGGUUUGCUUGAUGGAUCUAUUACUGAACGACCACAUUUCAUGGGAAGAAUUAGAAAAACCACAGCUAAUUAUAACCCAAGAUUCAGUUUCCAUUUGGACUCAAAAACAAUUUCAUUUUUUGAUAUAGCAAUUGAAGUUUGCGAUGCUAACACAAACUAUGUAGAAGAACAUUUAGAUGAAGCAUGUGGUGCUGUAAAUUUCUUAAAACCAGAUUACAUUGCCAUCUGCAAUGAGAAUAUCGAUACAAGUCUUGGAUCACACUCAGCUAUUCACUUGUUCUACCGCGAUGACUAUCCGAAGGAAUGUUACAUCGUCGACCGCCAACGAUCGGCAAAUCUCCGAUUGUCGUUGACACACUUUACAGACGAUCGAUUCACCAAUGCCAAACACGCGCAAUAUCACAUCGACGAAUCGAUACUCUGUAACAACUACGAAUAUCCACUGGUGCCGACCGAGUAUUUCUUUCAGCCUGGCUAUCCCUAUGAUCUACCGGUAGGGCGUCUCGAUUCCGAGCAGAGUAGCGGCAUCGUUUGGUUCAGAGAGCACGAGUUGCCGUGGGUGUAUGAGAUGAAACCGCUGACCGAUUCGAUGCUCCACUACAUCGAUCUGACGCGCGACUAUUACUAUGUUGGAGAUGCAGCUGCAAAUAUUAGCGAUUCUGGUUUGGCGCUGAUCGAUAACACCAAGCUAGAUCGACUGGUCGAUAUCUUUAGUAAAGCGACAUUCGUAUCACAGUUUUGGCAUGCUUACAGACUAUCGUAUAACUACCCAAUGAGAGAUGACAUCGAACUACUCAUCUACAACAAAGACAAUCAGCUUUUACAAACCGAACUGCCCGACGACAAGCAACUAUACAAUGAAUCAGCAGCAGCAGAAGCUUCCCCUAGCCGACAACCUCAUAUCAUUGAUAAUGGAACACCAGUUGCAUAUAGAGAAUUGGAGAUAUCCACGAUCUUUAUAAACUCAAAAGGAACACCGAUGGUUACAAUUAGAGAUCCUGAAAGUAACGCUCUGUUUCGAUAUUUAUUUUGUGUUGAUCAAACUACAAAUUCAACAGAAUUAUCGGAAAUGAUAGAUAGAGCAUUGGAUAAACUUAGUGAUGAAGCGAUCUAUUUGAAUACAAUCAAGUGUUUAGAUCUUCAUUUUCCAAGAGCGAUCGAAUCGUUUCUGAUACGUAAAAACCUGUCGGACACUGUUAGAUUCUAUGUGUUGAAAUAUUUGAUUCUUCACCACAGUCAGAGUUCACCCAAUAGACUAUUAACACUCGUGCAAUAUGUGAAAAUCACAAUUCCACAGAUAUCAAAGCUGAAAGGUUCUUUCUUCUUUCCAAGUAAGAUGAUGGAGAAAGAAAAUGAACAUCUUCAUGAAAACGUCAAUGUUCCACUGGUUUAUAUCGCUGCAAGCGUUGAUAAUCACAUGAUACUAAGUAAUUUGUUUACAAAGGAAUACAAUAUGCCAUACCCGACGCUAGUGGAUGUUCUCUGUGAAUUCAAUUCGCUGGAGGGUCUUCAAUUUCUGUGGAAAAAACAAAAUACCUACAUCAAAGACAACCCCGAUGCCAAUCCCCUAUGGACGAUGGCACACUCGCAAAGCACGCCCGUAAAGUGGAAGAUCUUUGAUGAAUGGGAGACGUUGGGAUCGAUCCUGCAGAAUGAAAACAAUCAACAACGUAAAUUCUAUAUUGAAGAUGUCGUUCUGCUGAAAUCCAACUACGAAUACCUCGAGGCGCUCCACGAGAAACAAGUCGAAUAUCCAGUGAAGCCGUUCAAGUGUUUCUGCUCACAGCCCUACUCUUCCUACAGAAUGGCCGAGCUGACGACAGUGAGUUUGGCGGUAAGCGAGUGUAACACGAUGAUUCUCAACGAGUUUCUCAGUUUCCGAACACUGUUUCGUGGUGUUUUUCAUGUGUGCGAUGGAAUUCUGGUGGAGUUGAUCAACAAGCCAAACAAUCAUGAGGUGCUAGAGUAUGUCGCCGGGAUGAAGUUCACCAGUUCUCUAUGGCCCAUCUAUAUCAAAGACACAAAGAUACCGUUUCUGACGUUCGGUUGGUUUAUGGAUACUAUCGAGCUUUUGUUGUCCACUCCCGACUUUCCGUCAUUCAACACAAUCAACAUUAGGACAUCGCAGUUUUUGGAGCUGGCAAGACGAUUCUUUGGUGGUCAAUUCAACGCGAGUUACCUCACAUUCCUACAAAACAUUCCAACUCUUAGUUUGAUCGAUGUAUUCAUACUAUUUGGUAAGAUUGGACCACUCAAAGUUUUGUUAAAGCACAACGGAAACUAUCUACCAAAGGAAUCGACCAACCUUUUGAAAUACAGAACCGAAGGAAAAGAAGAAGUCACCAAAAUCAUUGAAGAAAUCAAACUUAAAUAUGAAGAGACAUCGAAAAUCAUCGAAGAACUAGAGGGUAAAUCAAGUAACAACAAAAAGAAAAAGAAACCGAAACCCAAGAAUAAUAACAAUAAGAAAGAUAUUAAAAAAGAAAAUGAAAAGCAAAAAGAAAAAGAGAUAACAGAGGAAAAGAAAGAUAAAAAAAUAGAAGAGAUAAUAGAUAUAAAAGAAGAAAAUGAUAAUAAUAAUAAUAGUACUGAAGAAAUAAUUAGUAGUCAAAAAGAUCAAAAUAAUAUUAAACAUCAAGAGCAAACCAAUAACAAAACAACACCAACGAAACCAAAUAGUAAUCAAAGUAAACAAUCAUUUUCGAAUAACACGCCUAUACCUUCAAUUACCUCAUCUUCACCAAAACUACAUAUCAAAACAAAUAAUACCACAACAACAUUAGCAUCUUCACCACCAAAGUUAAAUAUUAAAAUAAACAACACUUCAUCACACAACAAUCAGUCCAAAGUAACAACAACACAAAAUUCAACUCCGACCGCUUUACCAACACACACUACACCAACAUACGAUACACAAAUUGGUAAAUUCAAAUUCAAUAGUUCAGAUAUCAUUGGAAGAGGAAGCAAUGCAACACUCGUGUUUCGAGGUGUUUGGAGUGACAGAGUUCCAGUUGCAAUCAAAAGAAUCGUCAAAGGAUUCAAUCAUCUCAUUGACAAAGAAAUCGAAGUUUUGAUUGAACUGACGACGAAAUCAUCACAAUCUUCAAAUUUAGUGAGAUAUAUCGAUCGAGAAGAAGAUAAGAAUUUCAUUUAUCUUGGAUUAACACUUUGUGACAUGUCACUUCAACAACUAUUCGAAGAUCCAACCAAUUCAGAAUUGAAGAAUUCACUUUCAUCGAUAUCAUUGAUCAAUGGUAUUGUUCUUGGUGUUCAAUUCCUUCACAACAAUCAAAUUGUUCACAACGAUCUCAAUCCAAGAAACAUUCUUUUCAAAGAUUCACAAUUAUUCAUCACAGACAUGGGAUUAAGCAAGAUGAUGGUCGAAUCAUCAUUUGCAUUCACACACACACCAAGUGGAACCGGUGGAUAUUAUGCUGCUGAAGUGAUCAACCACCAAAGAAAAACAUCAUCUGUCGAUAUAUUCUCACUUGGAUGUUUAAUCUAUUACAUUCUGAGUGGUGGUAAACAUGCAUUUGGUGAUAAUAUCAUCAUGAGAGUUCCGAACAUUAUCAUGAAUCGAUUCGAUCUCAAAGAUAUCACCGAUGAUUGUGCAAUCGAUUUGAUCAGUUGGAUGAUAUCAUUUGAAGAAUCAAAUCGACCAUCGAUUCAAACGGUGAUCAAACAUCCAUUCUUUUGGAAUAUCGAUGACAAAUUGAAAUUCAUUGACAAAACACAUCAAACAAUCAAGAAAUAUUCAACAACAUCACUGAACACUCAUAAUAAUCAAACAUAUCUCAAAGAAUCAUGGGAUAAAUCAAUCGAUCAAAAUCUAUUAUCUGUUUUGAAUGAAGGAUCACAAUAUAAUUUCAACAAUGUCAAAGAUCUUGUUCGAUGUAUUCGAAACAGUAUUCAUCAUUACCAAGAGAUAUUUCCAGACGCUAACAACAAAAAGAUAUUGUGGUUCAAAAACCAACAUAUUGCAUUCGAAUACUUUGAAAAGAGACAUCCAACAUUAUUAAUUUAUUUAUAUCAGUACUUUAGAGAUCAAUUUUAUAUUAAUGCGAAAAACAAAGAUUCAAAUAAUAAUGGUCUUGAUGAAUAUUUUCAUUAA